AUGGUCGAACUUCGAAAGCGCAAGUCCCAGGCUUCAGCCUCAGUCACGGUCCCAACGGCUGCCAAAAAGUCCAAACCGGCGCCGAAACCCAACGUGGCUGAUACAAAGAACCAGACCUCAGCGCAAACUGUUCCUCAAGUGAAUGAUAUUCUUGACCUGGAGGGCUUUGGUGGCGAGAUUGAGACCAAUGAUGGCACAAAAACCUCUCUGAAGAAGCUUGUGGAGGAUAGCACAUCUGGUGUGGUUCUUUUUACAUAUCCUAAAGCCUCAACCCCUGGCUGCACCAAGCAGCCGAUUCUACCAAGGCCAACACAACUUUCAAAACGAAACAGAAACUCUCCUACCCCCUGCUCUGCGACCCUAAAGCCACACUUAUCGGGCGCGAUUGGUCUCAAGAAAAGUCCAAAGGGGACAACCAGAGGCGUCUUCGUUGUGGACAAGAAGGGCAAGGUGCUGCUUCGAGAAGCCGGUGGCCCUGACGCUACGGUGGAUGCUGUUCAAAAGCUGGUGGCCCAGGGAUUUGCUGAGGAAGAUACCCAAGAUGCGGACAGUAGUCAGGCAAAGUAA